AUGAAGGAAGCCGACGAGAUGGCUAUGGCUGCAGAUUUCGUCGGCGUAUGCGUGAAGAAAAAACCAGACUAUCGAAUAUUGCCGGCAGAAUACCCGCGCGUUCGUUCGCCCGAGGUGCAUCUACGUCGCUUCCCAACCAACGUAUUCGACGCGGCUGGUUUGCUUCGACAUCUAGAUGUCUCGGGAACAGGUCUGUUCAGCCUACCGGAGGAUGAUCUUAGUCGCUUAAAACAGCUCAAGAUAGCAUUCUUCUCCGACUGCAACUUUACCGUCUUUCCCGCCCAGCUGGCGUCCUGUCCAGAUGACCCGACGUGCCGGAGAAUUCUCUGCCGCCGAAGCCUUCGCUGGUUUGAUCCUGACCAACAAUCGGAUAAAACUUGCCUGCCGGAAGACAUGGUCGCAUGUAGGAAGCUCGGCCUGCUACGACUCUCCGCCAAUCGCCUCCGAGAACUGCCAAAUUGGCUCUUCGACCUACCUGGGCUCGCUUUCCUCUCAUUUGCCGGCAAUUCCUCCCUUCCCGAUGUCAGCUGGACGGAUCGUCAGGUUCACCACCUCCUCGGCGGAGGCGCCUCGGGACUUAUCUCAAAGGGAGCAUGGAACGCGACCGGCCAGGCCCGAGAGGUAGCUAGCUGUCAAGCUGUCCAAGGGAGAUGUGACGAGCGAUGGAACGCCCGCCGACGAGAUGCUAGCGAAGGGCUCGUCAUGCAGCUUGUGCCAACUUGCUUUAGUGUCCUAGGGCUCCCACCGGUUCGCGAAUCCUUCAAGGCGUCGCCGCCGCAGCAGGACACCACCUGCACGACCGAGGCGUCGCACAUGGGUAGGUAUAUAUACGCUCAUAAUGUGCUCUACGACCAAGAAGGAGAAGAAGGAGGGGGACACGCGCUUCUGGGCGACUUCGGCGCGGCGUCUAUCUACGGGUAA